AUUAAAAACAAAAAAAUGCCGUCUUCGUUGAUAAGUAUAAUGUAAUACAAGAUUCUUAAUAACAGAACUACCAAGCAUCUUUAUUUACUUUCGUACGUUGAAUUAAUUAUCAGAUGAAAAAUAAUGAAUUAACCCUACAAACUUUAUAAAUCCGUCCAAGGCGUUGAAUGCUUUUAAAAAAUAAGUGAGAGUGAUCUAUGUCCUACUGAAUGAUUGCAGGGUCUUCGUAUACAUAACAAUAAACAUCAACAAUAAUAUUGCAGGAAAAUCGAUAAAAUCUACAAUAAGAGAGAAGCCAUAUUUCAAAGUUUUCAAUAAAUUAUAAAUUCCCAAACACUGAAAUUUGUGUUUUACGUUUGCUGAAAUGGCGACUGAUACUGAUACCGAUUCGGAGAGACCACCAAAUAGAAUUGAGAUUGACUUUAGAAGCACUUGUUACGAAAAAAUACCGCUAUGGAAGUCGUGGGCAGCAAAAGGCAGAGUCCAAGAAGCAAUCAAUCAAUUAUUAUUUUUAGAGAAACAAACAAGAGCUCGCUCAUCUGUACCAGACGUUACAGCACGAAUCUUGGUAGCCAUAGUACAGAUAUAUUUUGAAGCCAAAAAUUGGUUAGCCCUUAACGAACAAAUUCUCGUUUUAGCAAGGAAAAGGACUCAACCGAAAGAAGCUGUUCUGAAAAUGGUACAAGAAUGUAUAACUUUCAUAGAUAAAAUACCAGAUAAGGCAAACAAAAUGAAAUUAAUCGAGACUCUAAGUUUCGUAACAGAAGGCAAAGCUUAUCUUCAAGAAGAAACGGCUUUGCUUAUUCGUAUGUUGGAAAAGAUUAAUGAAGAGGAACAAAUUCAAAAUGAAACUCCUACUGUUAGUAACAGGAGUGUGCCUUUAAAUUUCAUGGAUCCAGCGGAUAUUGAAAUUCCAAAAAAGAGAAAAAUAUUAGAUAGGAAUUCCAAAGAAAUAGUGUUUAAUUUGCACAAAUAUUUCAAUGCACUAAAAACCAAAGAUAUGUCAUGUAUCUAUCAAACAACAGCAGCUAAAUUAACAUCAGAUGCGACAGGUGUUCCAUUUUCUUCUGUUAAAAAGGUAAUUUUCGAAAGUAAAAGAACUUUGGAAGAAGGAAAGCCGUUUACUUGUUCAAAAAAAUUGUUAGUUUCGAGGAAAAAUAGAACUCACAUCAAUGAUUUUGAUAGGGCUGCAAUUCGGCAGACAAUUAUAGAUUAUUAUUAUGAAUAUUACGAAGAAGAUAAGGAUUUUCCCACUAUGACAACUUUGCACGAAACCGUGAAGGAAAAACUAAAGUAUCCUGGUUCAUGUGCUUCAUUACGACGGGAAGUAGCACGGAUGGGAUUUCAUUGGAAAAUGACAGAAGCUAAUUCUGGAAUAUUGGUGGAAAAACAUAAAGUACGUUUUCAACGACUAAAUUUUCUAACUAAAAUUGCUGAAUAUAGAUCACAAGGACGCCCGAUUGUGUUCGCUAGUGAGGUUUAUCUGGAUACUUCAAUUUCAUCAAGUCCAUCUACCAGGGGAAACGGUUUGAUUAUUGUUCAUGCUGGUGGAUCAGAUGGCUUCGUCCCAAAUGCACUAGCCAUGUUUGAAACUAAUGAUCCAGUUGGAGCUCGACCGCAUUAUUUGAGCAGCGAAGACUUCAUAAAAUGGAUUGAAAAUGACUUAAUGCCUAAUUUAAAACCAAAAAGUGUUGUAGUGAUUGAUAAUGUUUAUUAUCAAAAUAUAUUAGAAAAUCCAGCUCCUGGACCUCACGCCUCUAAACAAGAUAUGCUUGAUUGGCUAGAUUUUCGAAACAUUGUACACUCAUCAUCUAUGUUGAAACCGCAACUUUAUCAGUUAAUAUUGGAACAUAAGAAAAUCUUCAAAGAGUUUAAAAUUGAUUGUAUACUUCGAAAGAAUAAUCAUAGCGUACUUCGUCUUCCACAAUAUCACCCAGAACUAAACCCUUUUAAGAAAACAUGGUUAGUAAUAAAACAAAAUAUGGGGAAAAGAACCGAAUGGUGUAAGAAUGCUAAAAACGUAACAAAGUUUGUAAAGAACAAAAUAAAAUCACUUGAUGUACAAGAAUGGAAAAACGCAUGCGAUCAAGCAAUAAGAGAAGAACGUAAUUACAUAGGCCACGAGGCAGCAAUUGACGCCCUAACUGAGCGAUUACAGAAAAGCGUUUGUGAUUCGUCAGAAGAGAGUGAAGCUGAUAACGAUAUUAUAAUGGGUGAGGCAGAUUCUGAUGUAGAACUGGCAGAAACUUAAGUAGUGCCCAUUGUGUAGGAGCUGGUAAGAAAUUGCUGAUUAUCAUUUGUUCUUAAAUAUAUUUUUGAUACAGAUUUAUUAUGUUAGGAGUAUAUACAGUUUUGGAAUGGAAAACUGCCUCAUUAGUCGAGUAACAUUAUUGUGGUUGUGAUCCGAAUGCUAUAUCAAACUGGGCUCAGUUCCAGAAUCCAGGUUAUUACAGAGAAAAUUUCGUAAAAAACAAACAAACCUGAUCCGUAUCUCAGUAUCGGUCGUCGCACUUGCAAUCACUUGACUAACAAGACAGUUACGAAAAGUAAAAACGAUGUAUCAAUUUUAUUAUUUAAAUAAUUAUAGGUCUUAUAUUAUAUUAUAUAUAUCUUAAUUUACCAAUUCAGUAAGUAGCACUAGGAAGAUAGCUUAUACAAAUUAGUAUCGCUCAAAGUCGUGUUACUGAAUUCUAAUAUAAAAGUUGGUAUGCCUGGGUUUUAUGAAUCUUGGAAUACGAAUUUAAUUUCGAUUUUCUUGUCUAGUCACUUCCAACCCUUGUAGUUGAAGCAAUUACUUAUAAAGUAUUCGUAAACAUUUAAAAUGUCAUGGCCAUUUAUUUGUAUCUAGUAUACUCAAAUGCAAAGCGUAGUGAGAUUUUAUUAUUUAAUUUUUAAAUGUAAGCACAAAAUAUGUGUAACGGAAUUGUAAAUCUUCAGAAAAUAUAAAAUUUUUACAGAAAAUAA